UUAAGCCCUAUAUAUGGAACCUUUUACUCAAUAAGUCCUUUAAAUUUCCAUAAUAAUAUUAUUUCAAAACCAUGCAGCAUUAUCAAGUUGCUCUGUUUUCUUUCCAACUCCCCUGUUUUAUGCUAAUCUUAACACUAGCCACCGCCCAAAUUAUCCCUUCUAACACCACAUCUCCGCCCACAAACUCCACUUCUCCGCCAACGAAUGCCACCGCCCCCGCCCCCGCCCCCACCAACACAAUCACCAAAGCUGCUAACAUCACAAAACCAGGAUGUCCAAAACAGUGUGGAAACGUUACAGUUCCAUAUCCAUUUGGAAUUGGGUCUGGUUGUGCCUUAGACCCCAUGUUUGAGAUCAACUGCAACGUUACAACACCAUUCAUAGGGAAUAUUCAAAUUUACGAUAUCUCAGACGCUGAAAUGCGUAUAUCAAAUUUCAUAAAUACAAAGUGUUACUCACAAACAGGAGUUUUAAUUCAAGAUAUUCCUUCUUGGAUAACUUUAGGAACAAAAAGUCCUUACACUUUUUCUUCCCUCAAUAGAUUCAUCGUGGUUGGUUGUGAUGAUGGUGCUAUAAUGAGUGGAAAUAACUUUGCUAAUGGUUGCCCCUCUCUCUGCACGAGCACCAAUGAUAUAGUUAAAGGAAAAUGUAUGGGUUUUGGUUGCUGUCAAAUUACAAUACCAAAAGGCUUGAAAUUUUUCAAUACAACUAUGGUAACCACAAGAAACCAUAGCUUAAUUUGGUCGUUUAAUCCAUGUGGACAUUCGUUUCUUGGUGAAGCUAGUCGAUUCGAGUUUCAGGGUAUAGAGGAUCUUAGUGAUGUUAAUUUUGCAAACAAGAUUAGGAAUAAUGUGCCUAUUGUGUUAGAUUGGGCUAUUGGAAAUCUUUCUUGUGUUGAAGCACGAAAAAGUAACGAUUAUGCUUGCCUUAAUAAUAGCCAAUGUGUUGAUUCCGGCACUAGCCUUGGUGGCUAUCGAUGUAGCUGUAACUCGGGAUAUAUAGGCAAUCCAUACAUUGGCUCUGGCUGCCAAGAUAUCGAUGAAUGUGCGGAUUCAAAUACCAAUUCAUGUGAAAAGAUUUGCACAAACAUACCUGGGAGUUACAAUUGUUCUUGUCCAGAAGGAUACACCGGUGAUGGCAGAAAGAAUGGCCGUGGUUGUAUUGCACCAAAUUCGAACUCAGAGUUCCCAUGGAUCAAGUUUUCUGUUGGUAUGGGAGUUGGUUUUAUGUCACUAGUAAUUGGGACAACUUGGCUCUAUUUUUGCAUCAAGAAAAGAGAACUCAUUAAACUUCGCGAGAAAUUCUUCCAACAAAAUGGUGGUUUGCUUAUGAAACAACGAAUGUCUUCUAACGAGGGUGGUGUUGAAGCAACCAAAAUUUUCACAGCUGCAGAGCUGAAGAAGGCUACAAACAACUAUGCCAGUGAUAGAAUUCUUGGUCGUGGUGGAAAUGGAAUUGUCUAUAAAGGCAUUCUAUCUGAUAAUCGCAUAGUUGCUAUUAAGAAAUCUAAGUUUAUGGACGAGGAACAGGUUGAACAGUUCAUUAACGAGGUACUUAUUCUUACUCAAGUCAACCAUAGAAAUGUUGUGAGACUCUUCGGAUGUUGUUUGGAAGCCGAAGUUCCUUUACUUGUCUAUGAAUACAUUUCUCAUGGAACUCUUUACGAGCAUAUCCACAAUCGAAAUGGAGCACCUUGGUUAUCUUGGGAAAAUCGGCUAAGAGUUGCUAGUGAGACAGCAAGUGCACUUGCUUACCUUCAUUCAUCCGCGCAAAUGCCUAUAAUUCAUAGAGAUGUCAAGUCUGCCAAUUUAUUGUUGGAUGAUGUUUACAUCGCGAAAGUGGCAGAUUUUGGUGCUUCAAGGUUGAUCCCUAUUGAUCAAACACAUCUUGCUACAAUGGUUCAAGGGACAUUAGGAUACCUAGAUCCUGAAUAUUUUCGGACAAGUCAAUUGACUGAGAAAAGUGAUGUUUAUAGUUUUGGAGUAGUUCUUGCCGAACUAUUGACAGGGAUGAAACCUAUCUCCAAGGACAGAAAUGAGGAGGAGAAGAAUUUGGCAGAGUAUUUUGUUUUGUCGAUGAGAAGGAAUCAAUUGUUCCAAAUUCUUGAUCGUAGAGUUGUAAGAGAAGGAAGCCUCGAACAACUCCAAAAGGUGGCUGAGCUAGUGAAGAGCUGUCUUAGUUUGCACGGAGAAGAUAGGCCUACCAUGAAAGAAGUAGCAAGUGAACUUGAAAAUUUGAGAAAGUUCACCAAAAAUAACCCAUGGGCUAAUGGAAACGGACAUGAAGAGAACGAAGAUGAAUUAUCAGAUCUUUAUACAAUUCCAAUCGAGUCUAAUACAGACAUCGACAAUUUCUCUGGACAAUAUAGUUCUAAUUCCAAUACAAAUAGCAGCAACUUUUCUGGACAAUAUAGUUCAGGUAGUACUUCUAACACAAAUAGCCCAUUGAUGAAAAACAAAAGGGCAAUUUGAUGAUUGAUGAAGAUUAUGCGCUUUGAAUUUUUUUGAUGUAAUUUUCUUGUUUGUGAUUUGUACUUUCAUGAUUUUUUGUUUACAUUGGAAACUAUCCUAAUUGAGCUA